CACACACACACCUUCCACCGACCGCUCCCACCAGGACCCCAGAGUUGGACGCGCUGCAGAACCUACCACCCCCCCGCCCUGCCCCUCCUCCUGGAGUGCUGGGUUUUUCCAGCCGGAGCCUCACUCCCUCUACUGCAAUCUCGGGGAAAUUGGUGUCUGACGCGGCUGCUCCAGCACGUUAUUUAUUGAUUUACUCUGUCCCCCGCGGAGACCCUCCUGUCAGGAAAGCUGCGACCCGGAACUGAGGGAGGCGGGAAGCGGCGGGGCCACGGGUGGCGGGGCAGAGGGGAUGGAGACGAGGACGGUUCAGCAGCCCCCGCCCUGCUCAUCAAGCUCCGGGAGCCCCGCAGGGGCCACCCGGCAGGAGGCCAGAAGAGUGGAGGGAGACUCCAGGAGGAGGGGACAGGAGGCAGCGCUUCGCGACCGAGCCCCCCUGAGCCAGCAGCGCCGGCUCAGACAGGCCACCCAGUUCCUGCACAAGGACUCUGCCGACCUGCUCCCCCUGGACAGCCUCAAGAGGCUCGGCACCUCCAAGGACUUGCCAGCAGCCGCACAGUGUGAUCCAAAGACGCCUGGUGGAGGGAAACCAGAGUCGGUUUCAGGGGGAGUCUCCCCCCGCGCAGGCCCCGAUUCACAGCCAGGAGAGCAGGAGGAAGACCAGCAAGACACAGAUUCCUGCUCUUCUGGUGAACUGCAAGUGCCGAGACCAGGAGCUUCGGGUGGCCGUGGACACAGGCACCCAACACAACCAGAUCUCAGCUGGGUGCCUCAGCCGCCUGGGGUUAGGGAAGGUCCUCAAAGCCCCAGGUGGGGACGUGGCACCUGGGCCCCCCACGCAGGUGGAGCAGCUGGAGCUACAGCUGGGCCAGGAGACGGUGGCCUGCUCAGCCCAGGUUGUGGCCUCUUCUGUUUUCAAACGAUUCCUGCAGAUGUUGAGAGUCCUGAAUUCUGUCUUGGACUGCAGACUCUGCUUUCUCUCAAGUGCUGCAUCGACCUCGAGCAUGGAGUGCUGCGGCUGAGGGCCCCCUUCUCAGAGCUGCCCUUCCUGCCUCUGUACCAAGGGCCUGGCCAGUGACUGAUGAACCAGUCAGUCCCCGGGGGAAGGACCUUGCCUCGGGG